AUGACAAGCAGUCCUCGGAAUAACAAUGCACGCACUGUUGUUGUGGUCGAAGAUGGUGGAGAAGUUGAUGCCGGGAUUGGUGCGGUUGAGCACGUCGUCACGAAUGUUGUCACAACGAAAGAAGCAGUGGAGUUCGGUGAUGGACCGGUAGAGACAGUCGGCGGAACGCUUGCUGGACAACUCGUAAUUGCGCAUCUUCACGGAUGCAUCGUCUUCCAACAGGUUCAGCGUCACCACUCGACCUGA